AGUCAUCAGCUGGUCAUCAGUCAGUGUCACCACGAGUGACAUUUAAAAGACUGUCAGAAUCUGUUUUGUUUUCCUGUUUCCAAAUACCAGUUCUCCACGAGUGACAGAAGUGGUUAAUCGUGAAAAAUAAUGUGAAUUUCGUGUUUGUUUUGAACUACUUAACAAUAUUCAAUAUUUUAAUUGUAAAUUUCUAUGUAUUGAAAUCGAUUUAAAAGUUACACUUUUAUUUUAAUUUUCAACAAUGGCGCCUAGUACUGCUAAAAAACCAAAGAAUACUGAAGUAUCGGGAAUUGGAAAACUAUAUCUACUUGCAUACAAUGGUAUUCAGACUGUUGGAUGGUCGUAUCUUCUGUGGCAAACUCUUGUUCAUUUUUUAAAUAGAGGUACUUUGGACACUUUCUGGAAUGAAAUAAAGUGGACAGUUAUCAUAUUUCAAAAUGCUGCAGUUUUAGAGAUUUUCAAUGCUGCAAUUGGACUGGUACCGUCUGGGAUAUUAGUUGUAAUUAUGCAAGUUUUCUCAAGAGUUUUCUUAGUCUGCUGCUCCCUGCUGGUAACACACAGUGCUACAGUCAGUCCCGGCUUGCCAUUGUGCAUACUGGCAUGGUCCAUUACCGAAAUUGUAAGAUAUUCGUACUACGGACUCAAUAUAAUGAAAGCUGUUCCGCAACCACUUAUGUUCUUGAGGUACUCCACAUUUUUAGUGCUGUACCCUAUAGGAAUAACUGGUGAGCUGUUGUGUAUGUACUAUUCACUUAACGAAAUUGUCGAUAAGCAGCUAUUCACAGUGUCCAUGCCAAAUGCAUGGAACUUUAUAUUCAACUAUUACUAUUUCCUGAUAUUCUAUAUGUUGUUAUACAUUCCAUUGUUUCCCGUUCUCUUUGGGCAUAUGCUGAAACAGAGAAGAAAAAUGUUGGGUAUGGAAGCGAAGAAAAUUUACUAAAGUCAACUUAGCUGGUUGAUAAACACGGCCAUAUUUUUUUCAUUGGACUGGAUGUUGCCGGCGGAUGUUAAUUGUUGAUGGCAAUCUUAUCUUUCCAUAAUCAACGAAGCUAUCUUAAUAGGAUUAAGUUAAAUGCACAUGUUUCUUUUACACAAUUGUUUUUUAUAAUUAUUGACUAGUUACAGAUGCUGUAGUAUACCCUUGAAUUGUUAUUAAUAUUUUUCCUGUUUUAAAGUAUUUAUUUAAAACAUAAGUAUAUUAUGUAGUUGAAACUUCGUAUUGUGACUCAUUUAUUUCCAAUGUAAUAAAAUUAUGUAUCGCCUUAUACAUGACACGUCGUGAAAAUCUCUGUUGGGACAAUUACGUAAGCCAACUGACAAAGAACGUAUUGACAAAAUAUAAAUUUGUAUUUUAGUAUCUAUUUUUGUAUAAAUUUCAGUUGUAAACGCAACGUUUCACAUUGCCUCGGUUAAGACAAUGAAGAAUAACAUAAUUAUAUUAUGCAUUAUAUUGUAUAAAAUAAAACGAAGAUUACAAUGAUAAAUAUAUUUAUCUUACUGAUAAAUAUAAUUAUCUGACUGAAAAACAAAGAUGGGAACCUAAAGCAUUUUCUUUGUUUGUAAAUAUGUUUUCCUUACCUUUUAUAGAUUACUUAUUUACGUGCAUAAGUUGACCUGUUGAGUUACAGAAUUAACUAUCGGCGUAUUUAUAAAUAUUAUCACCUUCACGGACUAGUAAAAAAAUAAGGACUCCGUGUCACAUUACAUAACAGUGUUGCACCAAAACAAGCCGAUUAACGUGUAAAUACACUGUCCCACGCACCCACUUACACUACUACAUGCCGAUAGGCGGCCAUUAUGAGAAUUGUCAUCGUCUGUGACAGAUCAUUAUGCGUUUAAAUAAAAUAUUUUAAAAAUAGCGUCGUGCGUUGUGAAAAAGUAUAAAAACGAUACUAUAUAAGUAUUUGUGGCCAUAUAUGAUUAUUUAAGGGAGAAAAAAUUGUGUAACUAGUAUCCCCCGUAAACGCGCACACACUAGCAUAACGGUGCUUCACUUGCUAAUAUCACGGCGCGGAGUCCUUCUUUUAUUACUCGUCCGUGCUUGAGUACUUACCUUUAAUAGAUUACUUAUUUACGUGCAUAAGUUGGCCUGUUCAGUUACAGAAUUAACUAUCGGCGUAUUUGUCAUACGGCUUAUAAUUCUUUGUUUAUGUAAUUUUACAUAUCACCUUAUUAUUAUAAGAUCAUUUGCUUACACAUAAUAUGAAUUGUUUCGCUAUGCAUUGCUGGAAUGUAAGACCAACUCAUAAAGAUCUGAUAUUAUUAAUUUUCUUAAGUUUAUUAUCACAGAGUAUGAAAUAAUCAAAUAAAGUAGUCAAAAUUUAUUCAUCAAACAAAACAAACUGUUCUAUUAUCUUGUAAAUUUAUUACUCAUUGUCUAAUAGUAUCGUGUGAGUAUUAAAGUAAAAAAUACUAAGUAUUUUUAUUUCGACAACUUAUCAAUCUCGUAGCGAGCGAAUUUUGUCGGCACUUGAAUUGUUUUUGAUAUUGUUGAUAACAUUAUGAAUAUUUAUUAAAUGUAUUAUUUAAAUAACUUUCAUAGUAUACUUCCAAUUUCACUCUAUACGGAAUUCAUAUUUCGUAAGGUUCUUGAUUACCAGACUAGACUAUACUAGGUCCAAACUCUGGAGUAUGAUUAAGCUUAUUAAUGAGCGAAAAUUAUUCAAAUUCAAAAUAGGAUAUGAAAUCAAUUAAUGAAAGUCAAAAACUACCACCCGUUCGAAAAUGUAUGUCUCAGGCCUGAGAAGAACGGGCGCAAGAAAAUCAGCGGGCUUCUUCCAUUCUUUUUGUAUAAAAUUUCGAUGCAAUGCAAUUUAUAAUUUAAAUAGCCUGACGGCAGUCAUUCUAUUCCCCAUCUAUGGUAUAAUUAAGAAAGCAAUUUAUGUUACAUAAACCUCAACACAUAAAUGAUUUUAGGAAUUCUUUUGAAAUUCGUAAUAAAUUUGUUUUAAAAAAUUUCUGGGAUCAUGUUGUAAAAGCAUAUACAUUGCCCAUAAAAGAUAAGGCAUAACAAGUUUAUGUCUGUUCCUGGUGUUAAAAUAAUGAUUAUAACAGUUUCUAUAAAAUUCGCUUAUGUCCCUUAUAUAUAGGUACAUACAUUACAUAAUCCAGAAUAUUAUUGGUAAUAUCGCAUCCACGUUUUAUGGUUACGCGGGUCGCAAAUGUUAAUUCAAAUAAUGAAAAAAGAAGAGCUGGUAUUUUAGACUGGUUUAGUUAGGGCCUUUGACGUCAUAGUUUGAUACGUCACAAGUAUCGGUGGUGUCAGUUGACGGCUUUAUUAUAUCUAGCUCAAUUAUAAAAUACCUCACUAAGUACGAACUGACACAGUUGCGAUUUCAGGUAGAAGGUGUGUCAGAUAAUUUAACAAUCCGAUAUUUAGACAGGGACAAUAAAGUGCUUUGAAGUCAUAAUCUUGUGAGUUUCCGAAUUAAUUUCCAACUAAGUUUGUAUUAAUUUCCCUUAACUCGGUUAACAGUAAUUACAAGUUUUUAAAGUUAUACUUCUUUAGGCGCGUUAUGAAAUAAAUAUGAGAGUGAAAUUUUAAGAUUCGCGCAUCACUUACACAAAAGUAACAGGUUGAAGUUGAUUCAUAAUUUUUUUUAAUGGUUUCUUUGUCCAUUAUUACGACAGGCAAAGGGUUCAAGCCCAUACAGCCGUAUUUAUUAUUGUAAUUGUCGAAGCCAUCUUUGCAAGAUUUUUACAAAAUUGUUCUUUCUUAAAAGCGUAGAGUAGCACGAGGAAUAGAUAAUUUUAAUGAUUUUUACUUCGUUAGGCCAAAGAAGUAUAACUUCUUGCGUGCAUACAUAAAUACAUACACACUUUUUUUCAAUUGUUUUCACAUCCCUCCGAACUAUCUGUCAGUACAAUGAGUAUACUAAUUUAAGUGCAUAUAUGUAUUUUAUAGCUUUAUUAUAUGUUUUAUGGUUGAAUGGGAAAUGGUCUAAUAAAUUAUUUUUUGUUACAA